AUGGUAAAUCAUUGCGCUAUUGAAGCUGUAGACAGAAUGCUUAGAGAUAUUACCGAUUGUAACUUGCCUUUCGGUGGGAAAGUGAUAGUUUUUGGAGGAGAUUUUCGACAAGUUCUUCCAGUGGUACCGAGAGGGAAAAAAGAUGAUGUAAUGAAAGCUAGCUUGGUCUUUUCAGACCUAUGGGCUUCCUAUUUACGUUUACCAUUGGUUGAGAAUAUGAGGGCAAAAUCAAAUUCUAUGUUCUGCACUUACUUACUCAGAAUUGGUAAUGGAACAGAAGAAGAACACACUUGUAAGUGCAUUAUGCUUCCGAAUAGUAUAAUUCUACCAUUUGAAGAUGAAAUCACAUCUUUAAAAAUUUUGAUACAUCAUGUUUUUCCAAAUAAACAGGCAUAUGUUGACAAUUUACAUAAUAUGAUAAAUAGAGUUAUUCUUACACCUACGAAUGAAUGUGUUGAUUAUAUUAACAAGAUUUUACUCGAACAAAUUCCCGGUGAUUUUUCCACAGACUAUAGUUUUGAUGAAGCAAUUGACAAAUCGGAACAAAGCUUGCACGAAGAUUUGUUGAAUACUUUGACACCAAAUGGUAUUCCACCGCAUGAAUUGAAACUUAAGGAUUAUGCAAUGGAACACGCCUUACUUGUCGAAGAUUUGAGAAAAACGUAA